AUGUCCUACAGGGGGCGCCCGACAGUCGGACGCACAGCGGGGAAAGUCAGCCCCGCACACCCCCAGCCCGUGCGCGUGAUUAGAGUGCCUUGGCCCGGCCCAUCCUUGGUGAUCAGUAUAUAAGUGCGGACGCUGGGACCCAAUUCUGUCUGGGGCGGUUGCGUCGUCCGCGCGGGUGUGGUGGCCCCGCCUCCCAGAUUUGGCGUUGUACACUGAAGUCAUCAUGAACUUCUUCCAACUCCUGAGGAAAAAGAAGGAACUUAUUCCUUUGGUGCUGAUCAUGACCACAGCAGCGGGUGGAGCUUUGUCUUUUGCUGUAUAUUCCCUUCAAAAAACUGAUGUGAUCAUUGAUCGGAAAAGAAAUCCAGAACCUUGGGAAACUGUGGACCCUAAUGUACCUAGAAAGCUUCUAACCAUCAACCAAGAGUGGAAACCCAUUGAAGAAUUGCAGAAAGUCAGAAAAGCCACCAAAUGACCAGCUUUUGCUUCUUUCUUCCAAAAAAUAGUCUAUGAAUCUAGUGGAAACAUUGCUGCACAAACUAGAUUAUGGAUACCCGUGUGCGGAAAUGCUUCUACGUUUUUAGGGCUUGAUUACAUUUUUGGACUCUGGAUAGGAUUUAUAAAGGUAUUGUAGCAAUAGCCACAUAGUUCAAAAAUAAGUUUGUGUUUAUUUUCUCAUUGUAAAUUUAAUUUGCAUAUUGAGAUGUUUAUGUUUAUGAUGCCUGAAUGUUUUCCUAAAAGCAUGUAAAGAUUUAUAACCUGAAUUGUCUAUAAUAAAAUACUACUUGUGCGAGAUUUUUUAAAGAUACAUAUUCAAAUGAAGGAGAAUGUCCUUUUAUGGGAGAAAAAAACAACAUUUUGCAGCAUAGAGCUUCAUUUUUAAAUUAAAAC